GUUGUUUUGCAUGCAGCCGGCUGGAGAGACGAUUCUUGCCGAGAAAAAAGCGGGGAGACAGCGAAAUCUUAGCUUUGCACGCUCUUCGUCUCUGCGUAGAGUCAGCUAGCAGAUCAAAUGUGCUACGGCGAAAAAUACAGAGCGUUGGAGCGGGAACAUUCAGCAAGAGAGCGCGAAAUCGAGGACCAAAUCCCCGGUGUUAGCCUGCCUGCAGAUCCCCGGCGGCUCGCCCAUCUUCAAGAACCCAACGUCGGCGGUCGGUGGCCUACUUCUAGCACCCGGCGUCGGCGGCCUGCUUCAAGCUAUAGGGCGGUCACCGUUUAGCCAGUCUCCGUCGUUGUCACCUUCAUUCGAGUGCCUGGCAGCGGCGCCCCCUCAGAUCCAGUGACCCCCGGCGUCGUGCUCGUUCCAGUGCACGGUGGCGGCGUCCCCUUCAUCCAGCUCCAGCGGAGGUGCCCCCUUCGUCUAGCUCCAUCGGCAGCCACCGUCUCAACUAUUGGAGUCUUGGACCUCCAAAUUUUACGGCACAGCCCUGCCCGUCAUCCCUGCCCCUGCACAUUGUCAUGCGAUUCAUGGAUGGUGGACAGAAGGACCAAUCGGAGGUUCAGUCUUCCCCCACCAGUGCCGGCACUGCCUUUCCUCCCAGAGCAAAUUUUUAUCCCUUCUCUCCAUCUUGGAUACUUACAACCAUUAAUGGCAACCAUGUCAGUAGCUCUAGCUCUCCUACAAUCAUACCUACCGAUAGGAGCUCAAAUCAUCGUAACAUACAGGAUAUGCCUUCUCCGUAUUCACACAUGCAGAAUUGGGGAAAUGGUACACACCCACCUGGAGGAUUUAUGAGCUACUUCCAGCCUAAUAUGUCUCAAAAUUUUCAUUUUGUGGGCGCACAUGCGCAGUUCGCUCCAGUCAAUUGUAAUGAUUCUUCACCACUGCUAGCGGAGACGGCCACGCCACCCAGACGUCAUGUGAACCAAAACCCCAUCAGUGUUGACAGUGAUGAUGACACCGAUGUUGUUCGUACCAAAUCAAAGCUAAAUUGGUUACAAGUAGAGGAUGUUAGACUAGUGAGCGCUUGGUUGAACAAUUCAAUGGACCCAAUUAAUGGCAAUGAUAAGAAGGCUGAAAAAUAUUGGGGAGAUGUUGCCAAGGAGUAUAAUAAAACCACAGAACAAAAGAGAUGGAGAAACUCAAAACAAGCCAAGGAACGUUGGCACAAAAUCAAUGCUUGGUUAGAUUUGUUCCAAGGGUGUUGGUUGAAGGCAAAGAGGACAUAUACCAGUGGUUAUUCAGACCAAAUGUGGAUUGACAUAGCACAAAAGUUCUACGCGGAAGAAAAUCCAAAAUUAGGACAUUUCGUCCUAACAGAGGUAUGGAAAAUAUGUCGUGAUCAGCCUAAGUGGAUUGCGUAUAAUGACGCAUUGAAGAGAUUUCGUAAAAGGAAGGCAUCUGAUAAUAGAGAGCCAAGAGAGGAAGCAUCAGCAAAUACUGAUUUUGAAGAACCACCACGGCCAAUCGGCCAGAAGGCUGCUAAAAAGGCUGCACAAGAAAGUAAGGGGAAGUCAAAGGUUACUACCGAUAUUGAUGAUAUAGAAAAGUUGGAGCAAGUUCAAGCUGAUAUUCAGACAAGGCGAAUCAAAAUGAUGGAAAUGCAAGACAAGUUGUCCGCCCGUCAGGUUAAGUCAUCAAAGCUUUCACAAGUUGCUGCUCGAGAAAAUAGAUUAGCGGCAAAGGACAAUAAGGAGGCCAAGAUGCAUGAGAAGGAAUGCAAGAUGUUCGAUACCUACAGCCGUCUACUCACACAAGACACAACAAGUAUGACCGCUGAAAUUAUAGCUGAACAUGCCGCUGCCAUAAGAUGUUUGAGGAAGAUCUUGUUUCCAGACUCCAUUUGAGGUGGUGCAGAGGAUUAUGGAUGCCUUUAGGAAGAGCAAAGAACCGCAAGCUUACUUUGGGAUCAUGCAGACUAUAGACAUCAACUUUUGUACAUUUUAAAUAAGUUUAUUGAUGUGAGAAUCCAUAUUUUCUGGAUGCAGAUGUAUGAAGAUUCUUGCUAUGUGAAAACUGAUUUUCUACAUACAGAACUGGUUUAAAAUAAUCUACCAACACAUGAAAGAAAAAACAUGAUUUUGUGCUCAGUAAUGGAGAUUACAGAAU